AUGGCGGCGCAGCGCAGGACUUUGAUGCAAAGCCACCAGAGCUGGACUGAUGACCUGCCGUUGUGCCAGUUGUGCGGGGUGUUCACAACCCCAAACUGUGUCUAUGGUCCAGAUGGUAAGGGUGCUCAGAUGCACCCUAAUGAGGACGGCCACUUCCGCUUCAGUACGGAUUGCUGUUAUUUGUAUGGUGUGUUUAAUGGUUAUGAUGGCAGCAGAGUAGCUAAUUUUGUGUCCCAGUAUCUGACAGCAGAACUUUUACUGGGCCAGCUAAACUCCAACCAUUCUGAUGCCGAUGUCCGCCGCAUCCUUACACAGGCUUUUGAAGUCGUGGAGAAAAGUUACUUUGAAUCCAUAGAUGACGCACUGGCGGAAAAGGCCAAUCUGCAAGCCCAACUCCCAGAGGGGGCGAUGCUUCACCAGAGUUCUCCUCAGACUCAGAAGCUUGCAGAGAGGCUCAAGACUCUGGAGCAGGAGGUGUCAGGAGGAGCCACAGCUGUAGUGGCCCUCAUUCUUAACAACAAGCUGUACAUUGCUAAUGUGGGCACCAAUCGAGCUCUUCUGUGUAAGUGUACCAGUGAUCGACAAAAUCAAGUGAUUCAGAUCGGACGUGCACACACAACCGACAAUGAGGAUGAGCUGGCCAGACUGGCCCAGCUGGGUCUGGACCAGAAUCACCUGAGACAGAUGGGGCUGAUUGCAGGUCAGAGCAGUCUAAGAAGGAUCGGAGACUACAAGGUUAAAUUCAGCUAUGCAGACAUUGAAGUUUUUAGUCCGGCCAAGAGUAAGCCAAUCAUCGCAGAGCCUGAGAUUCAUGGUGGUCAGUCAUUGGACGGCGUGACUGGCUUUCUGUUGCUGAUGUCUGAAGGCCUAAUUAAAGCCCUUGAGGCUGCCCACGGUCCUGAGCAGGUCAAUCAGGAGAUGGUUGCCAUGGUGGCGGCUGAGCUGGCCCAGCAGGGCAGUGUGGAGGCUGUAGCCCAGUCGGUUGUGGAACGCGUAAAGCGGCUCCACCACGACGUCUACGCUAGUGGGAGGCAGAGAUCGGCGCACUGCUUACGGCACGAGGACAUGACCUUGCUUAUUCGGACCAUCAAUUAUACUCUAUCAGACGGUUCUCUCACGCCAACGCAGGGCGGCCGUAUCUACCCAGUCUCUGUGCCCUACUCCAACAAUCAGAGCACCAGCAAGACAAGUGUCACCCUUUCUUUGGUCAUGCCAGCUCAGGGCACACUCACCAACGGGACCAACACUGCAUCCACCCUGGAGGGAGGAACCCCCACGCCCGGGCAGAGUCCAACAGCCACGCUGCAGUCCACCAACACGCACACGCAGAGCUCCAGCUCAAGUUCGGGUGACGGCAGCCUGUUCCGACAGACGGCAAGCCAGGCGGCACAGCCAGACGAGACGGGCCGCGUGCCACCCUAUGUUGACUUUACCCAAUUCUACAAGCUGUGGGGCAUGGAGCACAGCGAAGGCACCGGGGGACAGGCUGGACUCGGGCCUCAGUAGGGUCUGCCAGAAUCAAGCCGCUUUCAACAAUACAAACUGGAUUUCGAAACGUGUUCUGACUCACAUGGCUUCUGUAAGGACUUCUGUAAGAACCUACAUUUCCAAAUGACCAGAGGAAUUUGUCUUGUCCAGGCAUCAGAAACAGUCAUUUAUGAGUCCUGUUUGUUUUCAUUUAGCGACUGAAUACAAGAGAAAUUUGGGGGUUUUGCAUUGACAUCCAGCUGCAGCCCUGUAAACCAAACCCUAUGCUAAGUAAAUCAUCAGCUGGCUUAGGGAGGGGGGAUUAAAAGAUUUAAGGACAAAUAAAUGAGCACAAGAGUGUCCUGUCAUUGCUGUCUGCUCAUCUACACAAAACAGGGCAAUUAGCAGUAUUUGCUUUACUUUGGUCUGGUUCCUCUCAAGGUUUCUUCCUGUAUGUUUAAGGGAGUUUUUCCUUGCCACGGUUGCCCUCAGCUUGCUCACCAGGGGUUUUUGGUCUGUUGGUCCUGGAUUCUGUAAAGUUGCUUUGAGACAAUGUCUAUUGUAAAAAGCGCUAUACAAAUCAAAUUGACUUGACUUGACUUUACCAGUCUGCAGCUGGAUUCGGAUUGCAGCUGGGUUCUUCGCCUGUUCCUCGCCUGAUUCACGCCAGCUUGAUUAAAUUUUAUACAAUAUAUUAAUGCUACUCUUGAACGUCUAGAUAACAAUUGGAAAUUGUAUCAUCUGGCUGGCAGAAUGAGUACACAUUUUUUGGCCGUGCUCAUAUUUAGGAGCCUUAUCAUUUUGGUCAUAUGACAUAGUACCUGAUCUGGCGCUGUUUCACGCUGGAUACCCUUCCUGACACAACCCUCCUUAUUUUAUCCAGGCUUUUGCCCGGCAUUGAGAGUUCACUGACAUGUGCACCUCUCAAUGGCUAGUUUGUUCAGCCACUCCCCCCCCAGACACAUCAGCAAUCAUGUCUGUGUAGAUGCCCUAUAGAGGCUAUUGUGUUUAACAACUGCACCCCCCAGGUGGGGCAGUUUGGGUCCUUUCUGUGUGGAGUUUGCAUGUUCUACCCGUGUCCGGUUUCCUCCCACAGUUCAAAGACAUGCAAGUGAGGUGAAUUGGAGAUACCAAAAUUGUCCAUGACUGUGUUGGAUAUAACCAUGUGAACUGAUGAAUCUUGUGUGAUGAGUAACUACCGUUCCUGUCAUGAAUGUAACCAAAGUGUAAAACAUGACGUUAAAAUCCUAAUAAACAAACAAACCACCUGAGCACCCAAGUAUGAAACACCAGAAUGGCCCCAAACUUUUAUUUAUUUAAUUUUUUAAAACAAAUUGGUCUCUCAGGUGGCACAGUGCCCUAUUACAGUAGCCCACCCAUUGAUGUUUAAAUCUCAGCAGUGCGAUCAGCCAGCUGGGCAUCUACACAGACCUGAUAAGCGAUGUCUGCAAUGGCCGAAGCCCUGCAUAUUUGUUUCCUGUACAGGGUUUUCCUUCUUGCGUCGAGUGUUUACAUUACAUUUACAUUUACAGCAUUUAGCAGACGCCUUUAUCCAAAGUGACUUACAUUACAGUUACAGUAUACAGUCUGAGCAAUUAAGGGUUAAGGGCCUUGCUCAAGGGCCCAACAGCAGCAACCUGGCAGUGGUGGGGCUUGAACCAGUGACUUUCUGGUUACUAGUCCAGUACCUUAACCACUAGGCUACAGUUUUCUGGUGGAGCCAUACCCAUUAUGACCCUGACCAAGAUAAAUCGGUUAACUUUGCAACUACAAAAUGUUAUGUCCUAUAAAUAGACGUAUGCACAGUGAAAUUUUAAAAAAGUGAAGAAACCAACUUCAACUGUGUUAAUGUUUGUAAUCAAACAUUAUUUAAAUAAAAUACAUUUUAUUUGCUAACAGCAGGCCUAGACUUUUAAACACAGUAUACCACUUCUAGGCGCCCAGGUGGCGCAGCGGGAUAUUCCGCUAGUGUCGAGAUUCUGAACUCCUCAGUUCGAAACUCGGCAUUGCCAACAGUCGGCAUAAUUGGCAGUGCCUGCAGCAGACACGUUUCUGCUAGGGUGGGAUGACCGGACUAUGUGGGUGGGGUCUUCAAACGCUGUGUAAGGACCCUGAUUAGCAGAUAGAGAGGCGCCUGUGCAGAAUGCAGGGGUGAAAAAUGGUUCCCCUAAGGGCUGCACACGAGUCGGAGGACGCGUGUGCAACAAUAUACCCACCUCGACUGCAAUCAGGGAUCCCCCAGCAGCGGAAGACUAAUUGACACCACUAAAAAUGGGAGAAAAUACAUAAAUUAAAUAGAAAAAAACAGUAUACCACUUCUGUCCACUGAAAAAGUGUUUUUUUGAACUGUGUACCACCCUGAGCUUUUAAGAGCCCACGCCUGAGAUAAUGGGUGUGAUGGGAUUAUCUUUCAGUGUGUAGAUUCAGCUCUAUUAGCUACAGGAUCUUUUAUGCUGUACAGCAGUGAUAUUAAACUAGGGAGUGGAAAUUCCUAUUAAUAAAUAAUGCAAUAACAAGCAAUUAUCAAAUGAUUAUUUGCUAUACUGAAAUGUAUUAAUUCAUUCAGCUGUAUGUUUUUUCCACUGAUUUAUCCUGCUCAGGGCCAUGUUUGGUCUGUUUUUCCCUGAAGCACUAGGCACAAUGCAGUAACACACCCCUGACAGGAUGCCAGUUCAUCAAGAAGGUACGAGUAGAAAAGGACACUGCCUGCAGUCCUGACCUGUCCCCAAUACAGAAUGUGUGGAGAAUUUUGAAACAAAAAAUGAGACAACAACCCGGUGCUGUUGCACACCUUAAGACAUAUUUGCAGGAAGAAUGGGACAAAAUAACACCUGAAACACUUCAUUGCUUGGUAGCCUGCUUGGUGUUGUGAGAGGAAGUGGCAACAUUACAAAGUCGUAACUUCUUCACCAUCUCAAUGUUUUUUUGGAAUGUGUUGCAGGCCUGAAAUGCAGGAAUGGAUGUUUAUUAAUAAAUGAAAUGAAGUUGAGCAGACAAAACAAGUAAUAUCUCAAGUUCAUACUGUCUGUAAUCAAAUAAAAGUCAAAGUAAAUAUGAAAAAA